AUGUUCUUGUUUGCUUCACGUAGACCCAUCGCUCUUCGCUCUUACACCAUCAAGCAUUCUUCUUCUUGUUCGACUUUGCUUUCUCAGGUUAAGCAUCGUGAGAACAACAUCACGAUUCAACACCUUCACUCUCUUCUGCGCAAAAAUGAAUCGAACCCGAGAAUCAUCCACCAGCUCCACUCUCACUUCACCACUACUGGGCUUCUUCUCCUUCAUCCGAAGCAAAACUCUGAUACACUUUUCCUAUUCAAUCCUCUGCUUCGAUGCUAUUCUCUGAGCGAAUCUCCGCUUCAUGCUUACUUCCUCUACGACCAACUCCAGCAGCUCCAUUUCCUCUCUGAUCACCAACAGACCCAGAGACUCCCUCCUUUUGGUAGCUUCACUUAUCUCUUUCUCCUGAAAGCGACUUCGAAUCCGCGAUUCCCGUAUCUACUCUUAGGAAUCGGAAUCCAUGGCUUGACGGUAAAACUGGGUUUUGGAAUUCAAGUCCACGUGCAGACAGCUUUGAUUGGUCUUUAUCUUGCCGCUGGAAACACGAUUGAUGAUGCUUAUAAAGUGUUCGAUGAAAUGCCUGAGAGAAGUCCUGUAACUUGGAAUGUGAUGAUCACCGGCCUGACUAAUCUCGGAGAGUUCGAAAAAGCUCUGAGCUUUCUCGAGAAGAUGCCGAAUCGAACGGUGGUGUCUUGGACCACUCUCAUUGACGGGUACGCACGAGUAAACAAACCAAAGGAAGCUAUACUCUUGUUCUCGAGAAUGGUUGCUUGUGACGCAAUCAAGCCCAACGAGAUCACCAUUCUCGCGAUUCUUCCAGCUGUUUGGAGCUUCGGAGAUCAAAGAAUGUGCGACUCGGUUCAUGGUUACGUUGCGAAGAGAGGGUUUGUGAAAUCUGACAUCCGUGUGACAAACUCUCUCAUCGACGCUUACGCGAAAUGUGGGUGUAUCCAAAGCGCGUUGAGGUUUUUCCUGGAGAUUCCAAACGGAAGAAAGAAUCUCGUGUCAUGGACGACGAUGAUCUCGGCGUUUGCAAUGCACGGGAUGGGGAGAGAAGCGGUUAGUGUGUUCAAAGACAUGGAGAGAUUCGGGUUGAAGCCGAACAGAGUGACGAUGAUCAGUGUUUUGAACGCUUGUAGCCAUGGAGGCUUAGCAGAGGAAGAGUUUCUUGAGUUUUUUGACAAGAUGGUGAGCAAGUACAAGAUCACACCGGAUGUGAAGCACUAUGGAUGUUUAGUAGAUAUGCUGAGAAGGAAAGGAAGAUUAGCUGAAGCAGAGAAGAUUGCUUUGGAGAUUCCGAUUGACCAAAAGGCUGUGGUUUGGAGAAUGCUGCUUGGAGCUUGUCGCGAUUAUGAUGAUCCUGAGAUGGCUGAGAGGGUUGGUGGGAAGCUAAUGGAGUUGGAGAAAGGCCAUGGAGGAGAUUAUGUGCUUAUUUCUAACGUUUUUUGUGGUAGUGGGAGAUUUACAGAUGCUCAGAGAUUUCGAAAAUUGAUGGAUGUUAGAGGUGUAGCUAAACUUCCAGGACAUUCACAAUUAACAUAG